GCGAGAACGGCAAAUCCCCAUUUCCAUGAUUUGAUCACCCAACUCAAACCCUUUCCCACAUUCCCCACAAAAAAAUCAAGACCCGUACUUUGUGUAUAAGACAGCAAAUGGUAUCCAGGACAGAGCCAUCCGCCAUAUCUGGUUCUUACGAAGCUUAGUUAUUACCCCCUCUCUGUUUUGUUCUGAAUGAAGCUUCGCGCCUCGUGACAGCGAAUGCCAAAGAUCUAACCCUCUUAUAAAACCAGACACACUGAAUCAAAAUCUCCAUCUCUCUCCCCAUCCAUCCAUCGGCCACAGGGAGAAGAAAGAAAGAACACUUUCUUUCUUCCCACCUUCGCCCACCCAGCAACACCACCAAUCGGGGCAGUAAUCCGAUCCGAUGGGCACUACUUCAGGUAUGAUGAAACCGAUCAGCUGGGUGUUGUUGGCGGCGGCGCUAAUCAUGGCUUUUGGGUGCUCAACGGGGGAAGGCAAGGUGGGCGAUAAAUGUUCGUCGGACCAAGAUUGUGGAGCAGGGCUCUACUGUUUCAGUUGCCUGGAGAAAGUAACGUCCGGCGCCAUUUGCGUUAGAUCCACCACCACAAACCAGUUCCAGCUCCUGAACAACUCUCUGCCCUUCAACAAAUAUUCAUUCUUGACAACCCACAAUGCAUUCGCCAUCGAUGGGUAUCCGCAGCACACUCCGAUACCUCGAGUCACUGAAACGAAUCAGGAAGAUAGCAUCACCACCCAGCUUAACAAUGGAGUCAGGGCACUAAUGCUCGACGUCUACGAUUUCCAAGGCGACGUUUGGAUGUGCCAUUCCUUCGGCGGCAAGUGCUACGAUUUCACUGCCUUCGGUCCAGCAAUUGACUUCUUGAAGGAGAUCGAAGGUUUCAUGUCGGCAAACCCAUCGGAGAUCGUCACCAUCAUCCUCGAAGACUACGUCAACGCCGACAAAGGCCUGACCAAAGUCUUCACCGACGCCGGGCUCAUGCCGUACUGGUUCCCUGUCUCCAGCAUGCCCAAGAACGGCGGCGACUGGCCGCUCGUCAGCGACAUGGUGAAGAACAACCAGCGCCUCCUCGUCUUCACCUCGAUUUCGGCCAAGGAAUCGAGCGAGGGCAUCGCUUACCAGUGGAAUUACAUGGUCGAGAACCAAUAUGGGGAUGGUGGGAUGAAAUCGGGGAGCUGUCCGAACAGGGCGGAAUCUUCGGGUAUGAACGACACGACGAAGUCGCUGGUGCUGAUGAACUACUUCAGGUCGACGCCGAUGAAGGCACUUGCUUGUGGGGAUAACUCUGGGGGUGUGAUGGACAUGGUUGCCACUUGUGAAGCUGCUGCGGGGGACCGAUGGGCUAAUUUCUUGGCCGUCGACUACUACAAGAGAAGUGAAGGUGGAGGAGUGUUUCAAGCUAUGGACACUCUGAAUGGGAAGCUGCUCUGUGGGUGCAAUGACGUUCAUGGCUGUGUGGUAAGCAGUAGUACUAGUCAACAUGGCUUACAGUCUUGUUAUUCUGAUGAUGACAUGUAUUACAUGUGAUAUUCGACUUUUAAAGUCUUGCAACCAAUGUUUCUAGACUGAACAAUCUCUGCUUUGUCCAUCCAUGAUUGGGUUGAGCGCGUUAAAUGGAUAUGUUGGAGUUAACUUAGUUAAUCUGUGACGAGGUACACGAUAUAAUGAGUCAAUAGAUAUAGGGUAUCUCUAAAUGGAUCCUGCUAUGUGGAUCCUGCUUAUAUGUCUGCGUGUAUUUUGUAGGCUGGAUCAGAUUCAGCGGCCUGCAAUCCUUGACAUAUGCGGCCCAAUGUGGAACCCCACGGUUGCAAUUUUUGGACAGGAUUCAAGCAAACAGCAAGACAAAUGUAUGUAGGAAAUCACUCAGCAUAUGAAGUUCAAAAAGAAGCUAUAAAUUUUUAUUUUUUUUAUGUUAUCACUUCAAAUAUCAUUAGUGUGGAUUAUUUGCAAAUCCUUGAAUGAAGGAAAAGAAGAGAGUAAAAGUUGUGUCAUUGUUUGGGGCUCUGUUGUACUUUUAACUUAUGUAACUACUAAAAUAGAUGAGGAAGUUAUGUGUAAAGUUUCGGUAUGUGAUAAUAUUCAGCAUAUGAUACGAGAGUUUAAUUUAUUUAUUUAUA